CUCAUGGACAGAGGAGCCUGGUGGGCUACAGUCCAUAGGAUCACAAAGAGUCAGACACGACUUAGAGAUUAAAUACCAAUUCACCAAAGGUCUCUGCAACUUCUCCAGAUGCUUCAAGACCCCAAACCGCAGGAAAUAGUAGAGAAAAUUCUGAGUUCAUGUAGAUGCAGUCUGAAGGCUGGAGUAGGAUUUGUGGGGGCUGGUCUUCUUUCUACUCAAAAAACACUCGACAGCAUGUCAUUCCCUUUGAGUGGAUAAAUCUUUUUUUGCUAUUCAAAAUUUGGGUAUAUUGCAAAAUCAUCACCAAAAUAAAUGUAGUUGUUUUUCAUCACCAUACAUAGUUACAAUAUUUCUCUUGUGAUGAGACCUUUUUUUGGUGUGAUGAGAACUUUUAAGGUCAUCUCUUAGCCACUUAAAGAUAGGCGACCCAGUAUUAACUAUAGUCACCAUGCAGUAUAUUACAUCCCUAGGACUUAUUUUAUAAAUAAAAUUUGUGCUUUUUGACCCUCUUCACCCAUUUUUGCCCACCCCUACCCUUUGUCUCUGGCAACCACCUAUCUCUUCUGAAGGGAGAAAUCUUGAUAAGACCUACCUUAUGCCUCCCAUCAGAGAGAAGGGGGGUCAGGCUAAGACCUAGGUGUACCAAUAUGCAGUAACUAUAAGCCCAGAUACACCAAUCCUGUUGGUAGCAAUAUCUCAGAACCUCUCUUUCUCUUCUGUCCUCCUUCCAGUUCUUGCUUUCUCCGCCUUGGUGUUGCUCCUGCGGCUGGACCAUUGGAUCACAGGGAUUGAGAAUAAAAGAGAUGCUUCUUUGGAGAAGCCAGAUCCACUGGACUCCUGAGUCUACUAUGCCUACCAAGAAGCCACGCACAUCUAGUUUGCUUUAAGAGAAAGUCAUCUCAACUUCCAACCAUCCCACUGUUUUCCAGGUGAUUGUUCAGCGGACUCUGGCUGCCAAGAAUCUGUCCCAUGCCAAAGGAGGCUCUCUGAUGGCCGCUUACCUGAAGGUGCUGCCCCUUUUCAUCAUGGUGUUCCCGGGGAUGGUCAGCCGUGUCCUCUUUCCUGACGAAGUGGCCUGUGCAGACCCGGAAAUCUGCCGGGAGGUCUGCAGCAACCCCGCCGGCUGCUCUGACAUCGCGUAUCCCAAACUUGUGCUGGAACUCCUGCCUACAGGGCUCCGCGGGCUCAUGAUGGCUGUGAUGGUGGCAGCGCUCACGUCUUCCCUCACCUCCAUCUUUAACAGUGCCAGCACCAUCUUCACCAUGGACCUCUGGAACCAUCUCCGGCCUCGGGCAUCUGAGAAGGAGCUCAUGAUUGUGGGCAGGGUGUUUGUGUUGCUUCUGGUGUUGGUCUCCAUCCUCUGGAUCCCUGUGGUCCAGGCCAGCCAGGGCGGCCAGCUCUUCAUCUACAUCCAGUCCAUCAGCUCUUACCUACAGCCACCUGUGGCUGUGGUCUUCAUCAUGGGAUGUUUCUGGAAGCGGGCCAAUGAAAAGGGCGCCUUCUUCGGUCUCGUCUUAGGCCUCCUCCUGGGCUUGGUUCGGCUGAUCCUGGACUUCAUCUAUGUGCAGCCUCGCUGUGACCAGCUGGAUGAGCGCCCGGCCGUGGUAAAGGAUGUCCACUACCUUUACUUCUCUAUGAUCCUGUCAUCGGUCACCCUGAUCACUGUGUGUGCCGUGAGCUGGUUCACAGAGCCGCCCUCCAAGGAAAUGGUCAGUCGUUUGACCUGGUUUACUCGCCACGACCCCGUGGUCCAGAAGGAACAGGUGCCAUCAGCAACUCCCCCGCCUCUCACCCUGUCUCAGAACGGGACACCAGAGGCCAGCGGCACCAACAUCCAGUUCGAGAUGGUUCAAGAAAACAUGUCCAAAACCCACAGCUGCGACACGACCACAAAGCGGUCCAAAGUGGUGAAAGCCAUCUUGUGGCUCUGUGGGAUGGAGAACAAGGGCAAGGAGCAGGCGCCGAGCAGAGCGGACCCAGUCAUAGUUUCCCUGGAAGAAAACCCCUUGGUGAAAACCCUUCUGGACCUCAGCCUCAUCAUUUGCAUCAGCUGUGCCAUCUUUCUCUGGGGCUACUUUGCUUAAUGUGAGGGUGAACCUGGGGGUCCGAGCUCUCAUUUGUUAUCAAUGUUCUGAUUUUUUUAAUGAAAGAGAAAAAAAUAAUAAAGCGUUGUUUGUUUACCAC